UGUUGCCGGGUCCGGGCGUCGAGAUGGCGGCUCCCCUCCCUGCGUGGAGCCGGUUUGUGGUGGUGGGAGGGGGGAUUGCAGGAGUCACCUGCGCCGAGCGGCUGGCUACAGAAUUUCCAUCAGAAGAUAUUCUCUUAGUAACAGCUUCUCCAGUUAUAAAAGCAAUAACAAAUUUCAAACAGGUCUCCAAAACACUAGAGGAAUUUGAUGUUGAAGAACAACCAAGCACUAUGUUAGAAAAACGGUAUCCCAACAUUAAAGUUAUAGAGUCUGGAGUGAAACAGUUGAAAAGUCAGGAACAUAAAAUUUUCACAGAAGAUGGCAAACAGUGUAUAUAUGAAAAACUUUGCCUAUGUGCAGGAGCAAAACCUAAGUUAAUUUUUGAAGAAAACCCAUAUGUAUUAGGAAUCCGGGAUACUGACAGUGCUCAGGCCUUUCAGAAUCAUUUGGCUAAAGCUAGAAGAAUAGCAGUUGUGGGAAAUGGUGGCAUUGCGCUUGAAUUAGUGUAUGAAAUUGAAGGAUGUGAAGUGCUUUGGGCCAUCAAAGACAAAGCCAUUGGAAAUACUUUCUUUGAUGCAGGAGCAGCUGAAUUCCUUAUUCCAAAGCUAACAGCUGAGAAAUUAGAGACUGCAAUUGCAUGUAAAAGAACCAAAUAUACAACAGAAGGAAGUGAGAAGGAAGAAGGAAGUGUGGCAGCAGCUGACAAACUUGGCACUGCCUUAGGCCCUGAUUGGCAUGAGGGCCUACAUCUUAAAGGAACUAAAGAGUUUUCUCACAAAGUUCACAUUGAAACACUGUGUGAAAUAAAGAAAAUACACCUUCAGCAAGAAUUCAAGCAGCUACAGAAGACCUCUUUGUCUUUUCCUAAAGACAAUUCAGAUAACCAGAAUGCACACCCAGAUGAAGAGCUGUGGCCUGUGUAUAUGGAAUUAUCCAAUGGGAAGAUAUAUGGCUGUGAUUUCAUUGUCAGUGCAACUGGAGUUGUGCCAAAUGUUAAGCCAUUUCUUGAUGGUAAUAAUUUUGCUCUAGGUGAAGAUGGCGGUCUGAAAGUGGAUGAACAUAUGCACUCUUCAGUAGCAGAUAUCUAUGCAGCAGGAGAUAUCUGCACUGCAUCGUGGGAACCUAGUCCAGUGUGGCAGCAGAUGAGGCUUUGGACCCAGGCUAGACAGAUGGGAUGGUAUGCAGCAAAGUGCAUGGUAGCAGAUUUUUUAGGGGAAUCUAUUGACAUGGACUUCAGUUUUGAACUCUUUGCUCAUGUUACAAAAUUUUUCAAUUAUAAGGUGGUGCUUUUGGGAAAGUACAAUGCCCAGGGUUUGGAUUUAGACCAUGAACUAAUGUUGAGGUGUACCAAAGGGCAAGAAUAUGUCAAAGUGGUAAUGCAGAACGGACGAAUGAUGGGAGCUGUAUUGAUCGGUGAAACAGACUUAGAAGAAACCUUUGAAAACUUGAUUUUAAAUCAAAUGGAUCUUUCAGCAUAUGGGGAAGAUCUCCUAAAUCCAAAUGUUGACAUAGAGGAUUAUUUUGACUGAAACAAAAACAUUGCUCUCCAUGAUUUGAUUUAGAGUUUGGACUUUCCAUGCUGUGGUUUAUAUAACAAUUUACUCAGAAUUUACAGAAAUCAAGUAACCAGAUGUAAUUACAAUUCUGGAGUGAAGAUACUGUGCUGGUACUGCCAGGCACUAAGAGGCAGUUGGGAGAUACGUGCUGAAAUGGAGCAGCACAAAAAAAAAAAUUCUUCAGCAUAUCAGGGCAAAGUGUAUAUACGUCUACUGUACAUCAGAUUGAGAGGUUUUUUUUAAAACAGGAAUUUUUCACAUUUUAGUAAUAUAGUACUUGAAAACAUUCAACUGUUUCAACCUAAUUGGAAUUAUAUAGUGUUUGACAACUGGCUUUUCCUUCCUUGUCAUUCUUAACUUAGCAAAUCCAGUGUGGUGGGACUACUGCGCUGGCUUGUCCCAGAAGUGCCUGAUUGCAACUUUGGGCAGGUAGAGCACAAAGGCAUUUAAAGAAAGAGGUAGUAGUCACUGCAUUUUCAGUAUCACCUGCAGGAAGACUUGCAUUAACAGAAUCUCCUGGGGGAGCCUUACUCUUGGUAACUGGCACAUCAUGUCAGUUUGGGCAUCAUACAGAUUUUCAUUGGCCCAUUCCCAAAGGGAAAGUCCAGGCCACGCAUUAAGUUCAUCGUGGCCCCUUGUGUCCAAAUAUGUGUCAGCUUCUUCCCAGGUAACUGACAUGGUCAUUUAAGAAAGACACUUUUAAAAUGGGCUUGUUUUUGCUAAGACUUUUUUUUUCCCUCAGAUUUAUUUGCAUUUUGUUUCCAGAGAGAGGUUGUGGAGGAAUUAAAGCCUAAAACUUGUACUGUAGCAAUUGCCAAUGGAAUAUUUAAUUUUGAGCUGCAAAAUUGUUUUUAUUUCUGCCACUAAAAUAAAUUUACUGUAACAAUCUAGCACAUAGUAUCUUGGAAGUUAUACAAGUGGCAUGUUAUAAAUGGUGAUAUAAGGGUGCAAACCAACUCAAACACAAGCACAGCUAGCUUUCAGUAUCUGCUAAUCCUGGAAAAUAAGUGCUCAAAGGUGCGAAGAACUUUAAAGCAAUUCCUAAAUACCAAGCUACAGCAAUGAGAUUUUAAUAUAAAGUAUUAAUUUCCAAAGCACUAUUUGUUUUUAAAUUAACAGCAUGGUGCACACCACUGAAUCAGGAUGGCCAUUUUCAAUGAAAACUUCUUCUAGAAAAUCCUUUUAGCCUAAUUAUGUAGUAUUCAUUGCUGUUCAUAAAUAAGAUGGAGCGAAUUAAUUUCACUGAAAGGGAAGCUUUCAUUUAAGGGGUGUUUAAUCCUGUAUGAAAUUUUAAGCUUUAAUCUUAACAGACAAAUUACUACAAGAAACAAUAAAGAUGAAUCAAAACAAGUAGUUUUUAAUACAGUACAAAACUAUUUUAUCUGUGGAUAUCUCUGGGGGAAAAAGUGGUCUUAAAGGGAAAAUUAGACUGUUACAUUUAUUCCCAAAACUAUACUAGGGCUCAGAGCCAAAAAUAUUGAAACAAGGAAGUUCAGCAUUAUUACAGAUGCUCCAUCACUGACACCUGCUGUUCAGAGAAAGGGGUGGGGGGGAAGCAUGACUGUAUGAGAGAGAUGAAACUUAAUCCAAGCUCCUCACAGAAGAGGUUAUUUAUCAUGAAGCACUAACCUACAAACAUCAGGUGUGACCAUCCUCUGUGUCCCCAGCCCCAGCCAAAUCAGCAGAAGAUAAAUGUAGUUUUAACCAACUGGAAAAGCUGUUAGAUAAAUACAGCAUGUAAGAGUUAGUUCGCUCAAGUUUUCAACCUUAUAGAUGCCUAAAUAUAGCUUUAUUGUAGGUAUCUUAUUUUUUUUUAAAUCUUGACAAAAGCAUAUUUAUGUAGGUGAUUUGCCAGAGCUGCAUGAGGAAUCUUGCAUCACGUCUGCUCCUAUUAAAUUUACGUCUAAG